AGCCGAGCUGGUAUAAAAAAUGAUGAGAGACCAAUUUAUAAGUGGCUGAAUAUUAUAACAUAACCUAAAAUAUUUUUAAAUUCUUCUUAUUUGUUAGUUAUAUUUUUUAUUUAAAUUUUUAAAUUUAGUUUUGUGUGUGGUUUUAGUUACAUUAUUUAUAUUAUUUUAUCUUUAAAAAACGAUAAACAUGUUUUCUUGAAAUUACCUAUGUGUGUCCUAAUUUAGCGCAGAUAUUUCCCAAAGAAAAUUAAAAACGGUAAGUAAGAUCAUAAACGAAAAAUGGAAGAAGGAACUGACUUUAUAACAGAAUUCCACAACAUAAAAGGAGAUCUAAUAGGCGACAGAAAGGCAAACUUUUUUAAGCUUCUACGUACACCAUCAUUAUUUUCUAGUGAAAUACAGUUAGACAGUACUUUAAAAUGUCUUAAACCUACUACUUAUCAAGAACAGUUAUUUUAUCUGGAAACAUUAAUAUAUUUUAAAAGAACAAACGAACUUUUGGACAUAUUUCAACAAGGAAAUGAAAUAUUUACAAGUAAAAUUUUAAAACAGCAGUGGUUUGUUGAAUCCGCUUUUAACGGUAUUGAAGUUGAUUGGUUUGUAAACGAUUUGCUGCCUUGUUUGUCAUUUAGUGUAAAGAAGAAAUUGAUACCAAAAAUUGCGAGGUGUUGGAAUGAAGAAAAAUUGGAUGUUUUAUUUGACAAGAUUUAUUUAAAGUAUGGUAUUUCUUUGGCACUUCCUAUACUAAUAAAGUGUAGCGUUUUUAAAAUACAGUCCGUAAUUGAAGAAAAUGAUUUGAAAUUAAGAACAGUUCAAGUAUUACAAUUAUAUGAUAAAUGUGAAGAUCUCUUUCUAUUGUACUUAAAUCACAUCAAUUGUCUUACAUCUUUCAGUUACAAUGAUAAAAUUGUAUUAAAUCACAUUGCAAAGAAAAAUCCCAAACUUAUACUUAAACUUGAACAAUGUAAAAAAAUUAGGAUAUCUAAAUUUGGCAAAAGGAUGUCUAAAAUAUUAAUGAACUCCUUUGGAGAGGGAAUACCAUUUGAUUUACAACAUUACUUACCUAUUCUUAACACAUCAAUUUUUAUAAGGAAGUUAGGGCGAGAUUUCGAUCCAGUAAUGAAGAAGAAAUUCCCGCUAGAAUUAAUAAAUAUAAAUUUCACAGCUAUUGACAGAUGGCUCAAAUACUAUCCUAAAAAAAGAAAAUGGGAAAUUUUUACACAGACUUGUUUUGAAAAAUAUUCAGACGUUGAUUUAAAUAAAUUAUUAUUGCAUCUGGAUCAUUAUUGGCUCGUAAAACUUAAUGCUCCAACAAAUAUAUUCCCUACGUGGGCAGAACUUAACUACAGAGGAAAAUAUACAAGGUUCUUGGAAUAUUACGAACUUUAUAGAGCUAUUGGUAUAAUUAAAGACAAAAUACAAAGUGAAAAAUCAGAGAGAAAAUCUUUAGUUAUAUUCUUGAUAUCACUUUGUCGUAACAAACACGAUUUAACUGCACUUGAUGAUGUCCUGGAAUACAUUUGUACAACGUACAAAAAUCAAAAUGUUAGCAUUGCUGUCUUGCAAGCUCUGCAAUCGUGGAGUUAUUGUGAAAAUUUCAAUGAAAACAUAUGGAGAUACAUCAACGAAUUAAUCUGUUAUUUAAAAGAUCAAAAUGCACUUGAAUUUAAUAUUUAUAAAAGGGUUUUCCAACAUCAAUUAGCAUAUUUGGUUAGAAGUAAGAAAGAAUAUAAAGCUGAACUUUUAUAUUAUAUUCAAAAUGUAGAAAUUCAAAGGUUUAGCGUAGUUGGAUUUUACUUAAACGACAAUGAGGUCUGUAAAACAAUUUAUAUAGAUAUAUGCAAAACUAUUUGUGAACCAAACUAUACUUGUUCGGUUAAUAUUUCUCAUGCUUUACGCGCUUAUUUGCUGGCAGUCUUAAAUUUUAGUUUAAAGAAUCCUAAUCAUCGAAUAAAUAUUAUGGAAUUUGAAAAAUUCUUACCAAUUAUAGACGACAGUUUUAAAAAAACUAAAAAUUUCAAUUAUGAAGAUUUACAGUUAAUACCCGUAGUGAUUUUAUACAACAUCAAAUUUGCCGAUUGUGCUGUUCCACUUAAAUCAAACUUUUUAGCUUUAAUGUACUGUAUAACCCAUGAAUCAAAGUCUCUAGAUGUAUUUUCUUCUGUUCUAGAUCAGAUUCUUACAGAAGACCGCACGCCAAUUGUUACUGAUACAAUAUAUUAUUAUUUUGAACAUCUGUUCCCAGAUUAUCCCAAAGUGAAGAUAAUCGAUUGGUUUUUAACCUACGAACCGGACACUUUAGCGUGUUAUGUUUCUUACAUAUAUAUGAACUUCGGUUUACUUGCCGGUGUCAUAGAAUACAGCAUAUUGGAAUUUACUACCCACAAUCGGAACAAGCUUGCCAAUGAGAUGUUGCAUUAUUAUUUUGAAAAUGUUUUUGAAUACCACCCCUCUGAGGAUUUAGUGGAUUGGUUCAUAAAAAACGAGCCUGGUACACUUCAGCCGUAUUUCCAUAAAAUACUGGAGAGUGAUGUAAUCGGCAUGUGCCAUCUACUUUUAAUUAAACAAUACUCACAUUUAGGUUUCGAUAGUGAGAUAUCGAAAUUUUAUGAGAACAAAAUAGAAGAAGACAUCGAUGACAAAUUUCCCUUCAUCGACAAAUUACGUAUUAUGCUGUCUACGGAUGAUUUCGUAAAACUAGUUAACGAAAGAUAUUUACCUAAAAAAGACAAACUAAAUUUAGAAGAUGAGGAAAUGUGUGAAAUAUAUAACCUACAGUGUGAAGUAGCUAAAAUUUUGGCUAAAGUACACGAACCGUACAAAAUGCUACCAACCAUAAUGAAAUUUUGCAGGGGAGAUUACUUACAAUCUGCAUUGCGUUCUUUGUAUAAAGCGUUCUACAGAUCGCCCGAAAAACUUUUAUAUCCAUUUGUAGAAGCAUUGGCAAAACAGGCCGUUUCACCGAGAAAGCACGCCAUGUAUCUCAGUUGCGAAGUAUUAAACAAGCUGCAUAGCUUGAAUAUGCUUGUGGGUACCAAUGAACGUAAUAUAUCAAGUAAUAAAUAUCACUUUUCGGCAACUCUGAAGUUUUUCGUAAAAAAUUCAUCCCCCGACUUGUUAGAGAAAGUUUUUGAAUGCAUGGAUAAAACCAAUAAGAAUGAUUUCGAAACUAUGGAAAGUCUAUGUGAGGCACAAGUACCGAGAAGAUAUAGUGGAAAGUACAUUGAACAUUGUUGGAAAUUUUUUGAAAACGUUGAGUGUCAGGGUGUGAAUAUCGAUCAGUAUUUAAAAACUUUGAUAAAUUCCUUGUUAAAUGCAAUGGUUGAGCAUUUAACAACAAAUUUUGUGACGUAUAUUAUAGAACGUUAUUUUCCUGUAAAAAUCCUUGAGUUAGCAGAUUUUGCUGUUCUGGUUUUAUUCAAGCGUCCGUCUGAUAGAAUACAAAAUAUGAAUCUAUUGUUUCAAAAAAUUCCUGAACUAUCAUCAAAAUCAAAAAGUCAUUUUGUGAAACAGUUUAUUAGUUAUGCUAGACGAGCAUACGCUAGUGCUGAUAUAGUCAGUCACUUUUACAACAACUGGAUGCAACAGGUAGGGAUACUUAACAGUUUUUUCGAAUGUAUAUCGUUAAAACUACUAUUACUAAAAAUUGAAACUAAUUCUAUUGAUCAAUAUGCAUCUGGGGUUGUAGAUUAUUUGGAAGGCCUUACUCAAGAUUUUGAAUACCAUGCCUAUCCCUAUUUUAGACUAGCGUUUAGAGAUACAUUGCAAUACAUGGAAUCAGAAGAUAAAUAUACAUUCUUCUUGAAUGUUAUUAAAUAUAGAAUUACUCCAAUUACAUGUAUAUUUGUUUUGGACGUUAUGAGAGAAUUUACUUAUAAUAACGUACCAACUGAAAAAGCAAGAGGGAUUUAUCAAAAUGUUCUAGAAAUUAUAAGACUUUCCGACAUACCUGUUGUUCAAAUUUAUUAUAAAAACAAUUCAUGGAAGUUUAACAAAAGUUAAGUUAUUGUUACUCAAAGAUGCUACUGUAUUUUGUUGAACUUAAGUCUUCUUCUUUUAUAUAUGCAGUACUGCCCGUUUUUCUUCAACGGUGCCUUUCAUUCUGCCUCUUAAAUUGUCAUUCCCUCUUUUCCUUGGGCGUCCUAUACUUCUUCUGCGUUCUAACGGUGACUUGUUCCUGGCUAUUCUUACUAUCCUUGAUUCAGACAUCCUGCUUAUGUGUUGAUUCCACUCUUCUUUUCUGUUCUUUACCCAGGUAUUUAUAUUGUCUACCCCUCAGCAAUCCUUAAGAUCUUUAUUUUGUUGGUCUCCAGAUAUAUUCGUGAUUUGCUUGUAUCUGGUCUUGUUUCGGCCGUGUAAGUCAUAACUGGCCUAAUAACUGACUUAUACCGGGUGGUGAAUUGGAAACCGGGCCAUAAGGAACUCAAUGUAAAAUUCUAAACUGUUGAAUUCCUGCUUCCCUAAUUAUUUUACAUCAAAAUACAUGGGAAACUAUUUGUAGAGGAUUGAAAACAACCGUUAAUUGUUCUACGAAUUAAACAUAUUCCAAAAUUUUGUAAAAAUGUAAUUCAUUUUUCAGAGAAUUACGCCAAAGUUAUGCCAUACACAGUGCAAUAAUGUGUGUACAGUUGCGUUCGGUCACAAUGAGUAUAUUAACUAUUAUUUAAAAUGUCAUUAUUUUUGUUUUAUCAUUUAUUGUUAACAAAAACCUUAAGUUAAUAAGAUACCUUCAGUUAAGGAGAAAGUAUUAUUAAUAAAGAUGUUUUAUUCAGUCAAUAGUGUUUUAUCAGUUAAAAUAGUAACGUGUGGCCGUUGAUUGAUGUAUUGGGGGAAAAUAAUUAGGGAAGCAGGAAUUCAACAGUUUAGAAUUUUACAUCGAGUUUCCUAUGGCCCGUUUUACGAUUCACCACCCGGUAUAUUCGGGCCUUUGUUUCCAAUCUUAGGUGUUUGUUUUUCCAAAUUGUGUCUUUAAGCAUCCGGCCGUUCUACUGGCUUUAAUUAUUUGGUCUUUUACCUCUUCUUCGAUAUUGUUGUCGGCUGAUAGAUUAAUCCUCAGGUACUUGAAAGUCAUUACUUGUAUAAUUUGCAUCUUAUUGGUUCUUUGGCGAUUACUAAGCUUUUUGUUUUUUGGGCCGAUAUUUUCAUAUUCAUUUCUUUUGCGUUAAUGUUGAAUUCGUGCAGUAAUCUUUGUAGGUCUUCUUCGCACUCUGUUACUAACAAGGUAUCAUCAGCGUAACAGAGUAUUUUUAUCUCUCUAUCGCCCAUUUUGUACCCUCUUUUUUCUUCGCUUGUUUUAUUAUUGCAUCCAACAUUAUAUUAAACAGUAGAGGGCUUAGUGAAUCUCCUUGCCUGAUUCCUGUGUUUGCUUCUAUGGGUUCUGUUAUUAUUCCAUUGACUUUCAUUUCUAUUUUAUUUCUUACUUAUAUGUUUUCUAUCAGUUUUAUGAUAUCCAGUGGUAAAUGUUUGUCAUAUAGUAGGUGUAUCACAUCGUUUAAUUGUAUUCUAUCAAACGUUUUCUCUAGGUCUAUGAAACAGAAAAAGGCUUGUUUGUUAUAUUCUAAUGAUUUUUCCGCUAUUUGCCUUAUCACAAAAACUGCAUCGUUACAUGAUCUUCCACUUCUAAAUCCUUGUUGUCCUUGAACUUAAGUCAAAUAGUAUUAUUGCAGAUGAGAUCCCAUUGAUAAAAUUAUUACAACGAUUCUAUUUUGCUGCCUUCCUCUGAAUUCUCGACGUUUCCACUGUUUUAUCCAUAUACUUAUGUCAAAUAUUUCUUCGCUUCUGUAUACUUUGAACUUUUAAUUUGUUUAUGUAGUAUUCUGUCAUCACGUGUAUGGUGUUUUUGGUAUCUUUAAGGAUUGUAACUGUAGAAAUAAAAUAAAUAGUCGGGGAUACCAGGCCUAUUUUCACUAUUUACUACUAACAAGCUAAUUUUUCGUGAGUAGCCGCAUUUUAACGAAACGCCCAGCUUUUUUCCUUACAACAAUUUCCGUAUGUGGUAGAUAACAAAGAUAGUAUGUAGGAAGAGUCCAGUCGGGUUAGACGAAUGCCGAGCUGCCCCAAAUUUUAUUUUUCUAAUCUUUAGGGAGGGUCAAUAGUAGUGUAAAUUUAAAAUCUCGAAUGUCUUGAUUUUAAACUGUUUUAAACCGUUUUUGCUCAAUACCUACCUCCGCCACUUUCAACUUCUCGACAAAAAAUAUGACAACUAAAAUUGUUGAAAAUGUGAUUUUCUAUAAUUACUUUUAUUACAAUUUUUUUCGUGGCGGUCGGUUUUUUCAGUGUUAUGGGGGGAAAUAAUGACAGUUAUUAUAGUGAAAGGGUUAAUUGAUUUGUAUUCCUCACUUGAAUGAAUAAACGUGUCUCAGCACUCUUUUAUGUCAAAAUUUAUGAGUUCAUGACAUCUAGUCACAGGUGACUUAUUUGUUACUGUGCAAAAAAUUAGUUUUAAAAUAGUUGAAUUAGUAAAAACUUUUGACUUAUUUAUUUUUUUAAUAUGAUACGGUAGACCAGAGGUUCUCAAUCUUGUUGUGUCAUGUACCACCAAAUACUUUUUAUUAUUUUUGGUACCACCUAACUGAAAUACAUAUGUAACUAGGUGAUCUAAUUAACUAUAAUAGUGGUGCUGAUUUUGGCUGUUUUUGCGUUUUGUGUACCACCUCAAAAAAUGAAAUGUACCACUAGUGGUACAUGUACCACAGAUUGAGAACCGCUGCGGUAGACAAACCGUUCAUAACCUGUUAUAUUUUGAUAUAAAUAUACAUAGCUUUAUAUAAAUGAUAUAUUUAUGUAUGUUAUAUGUAAUAAUUUUUUAGAUGUUUAUUAAACUGUUUUAUAUUAAA